ACAAACCUUGAUGAUGUACUGCUAACGCUCGUGGAAGAGGAUGUUGUAGUGGGUGUGGACGCACUAGAACUUGAUGAAGUUGAAGUAGAACUACUCACACUGGAACUAGAUGAAGUUGAAGUAGAGCUACUGAGACUGGAACUCGAUGAUGUUGAAGUUGAACUACUCACACUUGAAUAUGUCGAGUAGACUGUUGUCGUUGGCGUUGAAACGCUUGAGCUUGAAGAGCUAGAGGAUGCACUGCUUGACACACUUGUGCUGACACUCGUCGACGAAGUUGUUGUAGUGGGUGUGGACACACUGGAACUUGACUUGCUGGACGAUGUACUGCUCGAUACACUUGUACUGACUGAUGUGGAUGAAGUUGUUGUAGUGGGCGUCGAAACACUGGAGCUCGAUGAAGUUGAAGUUGAGCUACUCACACUAGUACUUGAGGAUGUUGAAGUGGAACUGCUCACACUUGAAUAUGUCGAGUACACUGUUGUAGUUGGUGUAGAAACGCUUGUACUUGAGGUACUGGAUGAUGUACUGCUUGACACACUUGAGCUGACACUCGUGGACGAGGUUGUUUUAGUAGGUGUGGACACACUAGAACUUGCAGAAGUUGAAGUUGAGCUGCUCACACUGGAACUAGUUGAGGUAGAACUACUGACACUCGUACUCGAGGAAGUUGACGUGGAACUGCUCACACUUGAAUAUGUCGAGUACACUGUUGUAGUUGGUGUAGAAACGCUUGUACUUGAAGUACUGGAUGAUGUACUGCUUGACACACUUGAGCUGACACUCGUGGAAGACGUUGUUGUGGUGGGUGUGGACACACUAGAACUUGAGGAAGUUGAAGUUGAGCUGCUCACACUGGAACUAGUUGAAGUAGAACUACUGACACUCGUACUCGAGGAAGUUGACGUGGAACUGCUCGCACUUGAAUAUGUCGAGUACACUGUUGUAGUUGGUGUAGAAACGCUUGUACUUGAAGUACUGGAUGAUGUACUGCUUGACACACUUGAGCUGACACUCGUGGACGACGUAGUUGUAGUGGGCGUAGACACACUGGAACUUGAGGAAGUUGAAGUUGAACUGCUCACACUUGAGUAUGUCGAAUAUACUGUUGUAGUGGGUGUGGACACGCUCGAACUCGUUGAUGUUGAAGUUGAGGUUGAGCUACUUACACUUGAACUUGUUGAACUUGUGCUGUAAGCGCAGAAAAGUUGCAAUAAAAAAAUUACAAGUUUGAGAUCUAAAGUAGCCAAGUUCUUCGGGUUGAUUUAUCUAAAGUGAGUGUUGCUUUCCUUUCUUACGUGUAAACAUAGUAUCAUAAAGAAUUAUAUUCCUUGGAAAAAGGUAAUGAAGGCGACCACGAGAAAUGCCUUAGAGAUUUUCUGCUCUUUUAUUAUUUUCUUAGCAACAGCUUUCGAAGGAAAAUAAUUUCUUCGUUUACGGACCUCUUUCAUGCAAUAAUAUUAAGAUAACAAGCUAAACUAAUUGAUCACUGAACGAAAUUGAGUUUGUUACCAAUCAGUUUGGUCAAAGAGCCUUACAGGACGCGUGGGACUAAGACCAAUAAGAGGAGAAAGUUGAGAUCCGCCAUAAAUUUCGAAUGCAUUCUCUUAUACCAGGGCUAGAAAUUAACGCUCGCAAACUCGCAAAAUGCGAGUGAUUUUGAUAAUCUGCGAGUGAGAAAAACAUCAACUAGCAAACGUUUGCGAGUUGGAAUCAUCCAUGUCUCCCAAACAAAGGGAAAGAAUUUGCUACUGGUCUCACCAGUUUGCUAGUGGAAAAAAAUCUUUCUAGCAACACUUUGCAAGUGCACUAAAAAGUUAACUUCGAGCCCUGAUUAUACGAGACCACCAGUAAAUAUUCCUGAUAAUGCUUUCUUUAUCAUGCGAUCAAUUCCUCUUAAAUUUACCAUAACCCAUUUUAACAUGCAAUUCGCCACUUUAAAAACGUGAAGAAAACUGCGCCGAGCUAACUUUCGCAAAGACUUCUGGAACUGUUAUUAGAGAGCUUUAGAUUCUGGGACGAAGACGACUAUGACUACGAGAUUUUCUCAAUACCAAGUAGUACUCACGCUUGAACCAGCGUCAUUUUGGCGGGAAAACGUGGUAGCUGUCGUCAUUCUACUACGAGUUUAAGCGAGAAUGUCGUAGUGGCGGGAACAAGUUAUCAAAUGUAAGAAGUUUUAUCAUUUUGUUGUUGGGAGAAGGCUUUACUUCCUUCACUAUAAAUAACCGUACUAACUUUUUUGCUGAAAAAAAGUAAAAUGAAGCUUUCUGAGGUGUCUUUUUUUUAGAACACGCGCAAAAACUUUGAGUUAAAUCUCGUACUCGUACUCCUUCUCGUCCUCAAAUCUAAAGCUCUCUACUAUACAGAGACAGGGAAACAAAUUGCCCAAUAGCUGACUAGCGCGUCCCAAGUGAUCAUCCCAGAAACAAUUGCGGGAAGCACUUCGGCUCCAGUUCCCUUCUCGUUCUUAAGUGACAAAUUUCUUGGAUACCAAUUUUUUGUAACUGAAGGAACUCGAAUCAAUUUAGGUUUCUGGGAAACUGCCCACCUACCCCUCCCCUAAGCCAACAUUAACACUCACUUCUCGUUUAGGACAAAAUGUUGAUUUAGGGGAGGGGUAGGUGGCCAGUUUCCCAGAAACCAAAUUGAUCCAAAACUCCGGGUGGAUAUACAGAGUCUGUCUGUCUGUCAUGACAUUUCUAAAAUUAAAAAAAAAAUUGCUUGGAGAGUUACCUGCUAGAUGAAGAACUUGUUCUCGAGGUUCGUGAGGGCGGUUUCAAGCUUGGUGGUGUUCUACUUGAUGUACCAACAGUGUAUACUGUCCCUGUAGUUCUGGUCACAGUAGAUGGGUACACCGUGGCUGUACUCUUCUGAGAAACCGAUUUAUAUGAAGUGGAAGUCGUCGACGAGGAUACUGAACUUGAAGUAGAAGUGGAUCUGAAAACAGAGUAAAGGAAAUAUAAUUAACAACGACUUAAAACAGUCUAUCGAACAAGGAAGAAAGCAAGAAUAAAAAUUUAAUAACAGUUAAGUAUACAAAGCAAUACUUUAGGAUCAAGCGCCUGAAUGAAGAGAUGAAAAAGCGUAACUUACGCAUUAGAGCAAAAUACCGUCACGGCUUAACCGACAAACAACAAAGACAAAUGGCUAACUUCACCAAGUAAGUCAACAACCAGAAUUGUUAUAUCGCUGGAAAUUUUUUUCCCAACAGCUCCCGCUCAUUAGCAAUUUCGAGGUCAUAUGACAUCUAACAAUGAAACUGUUUCCGCCAAAAUCUCUGAGCUGCCAACAUUGCAAAAUCUAUGACGUCAGAGGGUAACAGUGCACUACUACCCACGAAUGUUGAUCGACGACCGCCGUUACAACGAGGUUUAAUGAACUUCCAGCCACAAAAUUUCCAGCUAUAUAACAAAUCAGUUAAAGACUAGUCCCUCAGCAAACAGUUAAUUUUGUUUCCCGAGACUCUCAAUGACUGUUUCCCUCGGGACCAAGUGUUUAUUAAUACCCCAAGCUAACAACACUGUACACUUUAUAUCAGACAAUGACUACCUACAGAAAUUUCCCAGAGUAGAUCAGUUACGGUUAUUCAAAGUCAUCAUAAGAAAAUGAAGAAAUGGUUUUAAAAAAGUACACUCAAAGACGAUUAAUAAAGGGGAAGAUUGCCAUAAAAUAAGUUAGCCUUAGGGGCUCACAGUCACUCAAGAAUAAGGACCUUACGAUCCGAUAACGACGACGCCAAUGAAAGUGUCGCUGAAAAAUAGACUUCGCGUCCUUUGAAACUUUUUCGCCCUUUUACAAAGUCACCCAGUUACUUGAAAGUAGGCAGGUAAAGUUGCAACAGAAGAGAAAGGACGGCGUCUGAGCUCAGAGAGAGAUACCAGGGAGCUUUACCAUCGACGACGUCGACAGUAGCGAAAAUGUCACUUUCAUGAUGAUUUCACGUUUUUUUUAACAAUUUGUCGCGUUUAUACCAAUUCGCUGUAAAAGACAAAUGUAGGCGAAGUUCGCUGCAGUUGAUUUCUUAGCGACCACACUCAAGUUUAGAAAGAGAAAGAAAAUCUCCUGGUUGCUUGUUUACUUCCUCUAUAAAACAUGAAAUUAGGCAUUUUCACGUCGUAGUCGUGCAGUGACCAAAGAAUGUACGAAAAACAGUGAUGCACGUGCAGAGUUGUUACUUUGCUCAUAAAACCUAUUGUGUUUGAGACGCUUCUGUUCCGGUCGCCGUCGCAGUUUCGUAAGGUCCCUAACAAUAGCGCCGCGAUGAAUCAUUUUUUUAGCAUUAGAAACCCCGCAUAUCACCCAACAAACAAGUCAGAUUGCAACCCUAAACAGGCACAUACACAAAACGCCUAAAUUGCCACGGUAAACAUUGUCUCUCACGUGAGAUAAAAACUUUAAAACACUUUACCUCCGCAAAACAACUAAAACUAUGCCAGAAAAACUAUCCCUAUAACAUUUCCCAUCUGCUGGGUCUAACACGUCCCAAACAAAACUAUAUAAAACAUAAAAAUCCACACCUUCAAUUACACGUAAGACUGCGUUUACCUUGAGCUAACACUCGUGGACGAGGUUGUUGUAGUGGGUGUGGAAACACUAGAACUUGAGGAAGAUGAAGUUGAGCUGCUCACACUGGAACUAGUUGAAGUAGAACUACUGACACUCGUACUCGAGGAAGUUGACGUGGAACUGCUCACACUUGAAUAUGUCGAGUACACUGUUGUAGUUGGUGUAGAAACGCUUGUACUUGAAGUACUGGAUGAUGUACUGCUUGACACACUUGAGCUGACACUCGUGGACGACGUUGUUGUAGUGGGUGUGGACACACUAGAACUUGAGGAAGAUGAAGUUGAGCUGCUCACACUGGAACUAGUUGAAGUAGAACUACUGACACUCGUACUCGAGGAAGUUGACGUGGAACUGCUCACACUUGAAUAUGUCGAGUACACUGUUGUAGUUGGUGUAGAAACGCUUGUACUUGAAGUACUGGAUGAUGUACUGCUUGACACACUUGAGCUGACACUCGUGGACGAGGUUGUUGUAGUGGGUGUGGACACACUAGAACUUGAGGAAGUUGAAGUUGAGCUGCUCACACUGGAACUAGUUGAAGUAGAACUACUGACACUCGUACUCGAGGAAGUUGACGUGGAACUGCUCACACUUGAAUAUGUCGAGUACACUGUUGUAGUUGGUGUAGAAACGCUUGUACUUGAAGUACUGGAUGAUGUACUGCUUGACACACUUGAGCUGACACUCGUGGACGACGUUGUUGUAGUGGGUGUGGACACACUAGAACUUGAGGAAGAUGAAGUUGAGCUGCUCACACUGGAACUAGUUGAAGUAGAACUACUGACACUCGUACUCGAGGAAGUUGACGUGGAACUGCUCACACUUGAAUAUGUCGAGUACACUGUUGUAGUUGGUGUAGAAACGCUUGUACUUGAAGUACUGGAUGAUGUACUGCUUGACACACUUGAGCUGACACUCGUGGACGAGGUUGUUGUAGUGGGUGUGGACACACUAGAACUUGAGGAAGUUGAGGUUGAGCUACUCACACUGGAACUAGUUGAAGUAGAACUACUGACACUCGUACUCGAGGAAGUUGACGUGGAACUGCUCACACUUGAAUAUGUCGAGUACACUGUUGUAGUUGGUGUAGAAACGCUUGUACUUGAAGUACUGGAUGAUGUACUGCUUGACACACUUGAGCUGACACUCGUGGACGAGGUUGUUGUAGUGGGUGUGGACACACUAGAACUUGAGGAAGUUGAGGUUGAGCUACUCACACUGGAACUAGUUGAAGUAGAACUACUGACACUCGUACUCGAGGAAGUUGACGUGGAACUGCUCACACUUGAAUAUGUCGAGUACACUGUUGUAGUUGGUGUAGAAACGCUUGUACUUGAAGUACUGGAUGAUGUACUGCUUGACACACUUGAGCUGACACUCGUGGACGACGUUGUUGUAGUAGGUGUGGACACACUAGAACUUGAAGAAGUUGAAGUUGAGCUGCUCACACUGGAACUAGUUGAAGUAGAACUACUGACACUCGUACUCGAGGAAGUUGACGUGGAACUGCUAACACUUGAAUACGUCGAGUACACUGUUGUAGUUGGUGUAGAAAUGCUUGUACUUGAAGUACUGGAUGAUGUACUGCUUGACACACUUGAGCUGACACUCGUGGAAGACGUUGUUGUAGUCGGUGUGGACACACUAGAACUUGUGGAAGAUGAAGUUGAGCUGCUCACACUGGAACUAGUUGAAGUAGAACUACUGACACUCGUACUCGAGGAAGUUGACGUGGAACUGCUCACACUUGAAUAUGUCGAGUACACUGUUGUAGUUGGUGUAGAAACGCUUGUACUUGAAGUACUGGAUGAUGUACUGCUUGACACACUUGAGCUGACACUCGUGGACGACGUUGUUGUAGUGGGUGUGGACACACUAGAACUUGAGGAAGUUGAAGUUGAGCUGCUCACACUGGAACUAGUUGAAGUAGAACUACUGACACUCGUACUCGAGGAAGUUGACGUGGAACUGCUCACACUUGAAUAUGUCGAGUAAACUGUUGUCGUUGGUGUAGAAACGCUUGUACUUGAAGUACUGGAUGAUGUACUGCUUGACACACUUGAGCUGACACUCGUGGACGAGGUUGUUGUAGUGGGUGUGGACACACUAGAACUUGACGUGCUGGACGAUGUACUGCUCGAUACACUUGUACUGACUGAUGUGGAUGAAGUUGUUGUAGUGGGCGUCGAAACACUGGAGCUCGAUGAAGUUGAAGUUGAGCUACUCACACUGGUACUUGAGGUUGUUGACGUGGAACUGCUAACACUUGAAUAUGUCGAGUAUACUGUUGUCGUUGGUGUUGAUACACUGGAACUUGACGAGCUGGAGGAUGUACUUCUUGACACAGUUGUGCUGACACUCGUAGACGACGUAAUUGUAGUAGGCGUAGACACACUGGAACUUGAUGAAGUCGAAGUUGAGCUACUCACACUGGAACUUGAUGAUGUUGAAGUCGAACUGCUCACACUUGAGUACGUCGAAUAUACUGUUGUAGUGGGUGUGGACACGCUCGAACUCGUGGAUGUUGAAGUUGAGGUUGAGCUACUUACACUUGAACUUGUUGAACUUGUGCUGAAAGCGGAGGAAGGUUGCAAUAAAAAAAAAAAACGUUUGAGAUCUAUAGUAGCCCAGUUCUUCGGGUUGAUUUAUCUUAAGUGAGUAUUGCUUUCCUUUCUUACGUGCAAACAUAGUACCAUACAGAGGAUAUUACACGGUGGUGCGAAGAUAUGAAUUUUAUUUUCGAGUGGCAAAACAAUAUUUUACGAACGAGCGCAGCGAGUGAGUAAAAUAUUGUUUUUGCCACGAGCAAAUAAAAUUCAUAUCUUCAAGCCGCCGUGUAAUGUUCUUUUUAUUACAUAGACAAAAAGAUAUCGAUAAAAUAAUAGAGGGAAAUGACCGAAAUUACGUCAUCGAUAAACUCACGUGUGAGAUUAUGGAAAAUAAACCACUCGGGUCCCGGAUGUAGUUUUUAUGAAUUUUACGAGUGGUAUAUUUUCCAGUAAAACACUCGUGUCUAUAUAACAAAAAGAAUUAUAUUCCUUGGAAAAAGGUAAUGAAGGCGACCACGAGAAAUACCUUAGAGAUUCUCUGCUCUUUUACCAUUUUCUUAGCAACAGCUUUCGAAGGAAGAUAAUUUCUUCGUUUACGGACCUCUUUUAUGCAAUAAUAUUAAGAUAACAAGCUAAACUAAUUGAUCACGGAACGAAAUUGAGUUUGUUACCAAUCAGUUUGGUCAAAGCGCCUUACAGGACGCGUGGGACUAAGACCAAUAAGAGGAGAAAGUUGAGAUGCGCCAUAAAUUUCGAAUGCAUUCUCUUAUACCAGGGCUAGAAAUGAACGCUCGCAAAAACGCAAACUGCGAGUGAGAAAAAUGUCCACUAGAAAACGUUUGCGAGUUAGAAUCAUCCAUGUCUCCCAAACCAAAGGGAAAUAAUUUGCUACUGCUCUCACCAGUUUGCUUGUGGAAAAAAUCUGUCUACCAAAACUUUGCAAGUGCGCUAAAAAGUUAACUUCAAGCCCUGAUUAUACGAGACCAUCAGUAAAUAUUCCUGAUAAUGCUUUCUUUAUCAUGCGAUCAAUUCCUCUUAAAAUUACCAUAAUCCAUUUUAACAUGCAAUUCGCCACUUUAAAAACCUGAAGAAAACCGCGCCGAGUUAACUUUCGCAAAGACUUCUGGAACUGUUAUUAGAGAGCUUUAGAUUCUGAGACGAAGACGACUAUGACUACGAGAUUUUCUCAAUACCAAGUAGUGCUCACGCUUGAACCAGCGUCAUUUUGGCGGGAAAACGUGGUAGCCGUCGUCAUUCUACUACGAGUUUAAGCGAGAAUGUCGUAGUGGAGGGAACAAGUUAUCAAAUGUAAGAAGUUUUAUCAUUUUGUUGUUGGGAGAAGGCUUUACUUCGUUCACUAUAAAUAACCGUACUAACUUUUUCGGUGAAAAAAAGUAAAAUGAAGCUUUCCGAGGUGUCUUUUUUUUUUAGAACACGCGCAAAAACUUUGGAGAGUUACCUGCUAGAUGAAGAACUUGUUCUCGAGGUUCGUGAGGGCGGUUUCAAGCUUGGUGGUGUUCUACUUGAUGUACCAACAGUGUAUACUGUCCCUGUAGUUCUGGUCACAGUAGAUGGGUACACCGUGGCUGUACUCUUCUGAGAAACCGAUUUAUAUGAAGUGGAAGUCGUCGACGAGGAUACUGAACUUGAAGUAGAAGUGGAUCUGAAAACAGAGUAAAGGAAAUAUAAUUAACAACGACUUAAAACAGUCUAUCGAACAAGGAAGAAAGCAAGAAUAAAAAUAUAAUGACAGUUAAGUAUACAAAGCAAUACUUUAGGAUAAAGCGCCUGAAGUGAUGAAAAAGCUUAACUUAGGCAUUAGAGCAAAAUACCGUGAUGGCUUAACUGACAAACAACAAAGACAAAUGGCUAACUUCACCAAGUAAGUCAACAACCAGAACUAUUAUAUAGCUGGAAUUUUUUUUCCCAACAGCUCGCGCGCAUUAGCAACUUCGAGGUCACAUGACAUCUAACAAUGAAACUGUUUCCGCCAAAAUCUCUCAGCUGGCAACAUUGCAAAAUCUAUGACGUCAGAGGGUAACAGUGCACUAUUACCCACAAAUGUUGAUCGACGACCGCUGUUACAACGAGGUUUAAUGAAUUUCCAGCUAUAUAAAAAUCAGUUAAAAACCGGUCCCUCGGGAAACAGUCAUCAAGUGUUUAUUAAUACCCCAAGCUAACAACACUGUUUACUUUGAAUCAGACAAUGACUACCUACAAAAAUUUCCCAGAGUUAGCCUAAGGGGCUCACAGUCACUCAAGAAUAGGGACCGUACCAUCCGAUAACGGCGACGCCAAUGAAAGCGUCGCUGAAAAAUAGACUUCGCGUCCUUUGAAACUUUUCCGCCCUUUUACAAAGUCACCCAAUUACUUGAAAAAGGUAGGUAAAGAUGACGCAGAAGAGAAGGGACCGCGUCUAAGUUCAGAGAGAGAUAGCAAAGAACUUUACCAUCGACGACGUCGACAGUGGCGAAAAUGUCACGUUCAUUAUGAAUUCACGUUUUUUUUAACAAUUUGUCGCGUUUAAAGCAAUUCGCUGAAAAAGACAAAUGUAGCCGAAGUUCGAUGGAGUUGAUUUCUUGGGGACCACAUUCAAGUUUAGAAAGAGAAAGAAAAUCUCGUGGUUGCUUGUUUACUUCCUGUAUAAAACGUAAAAUUAGGCAUUUUCACGUCGUAGUCGUGCAGUGACGGCAAAGAAAUGUACGAAAAAGAGUGAUGCACGUGCAGAGUUGUUACUUUGCUCAUAACAAUGGCGCCGCGAUGAAAGGUUUUUUUUUUAUAUGAGAAACCCCGCAUCCCGCAUUUCAACCAACAAACAAGUCAGAUUGCAACCCUAACCAGGCACAUACACAAGACAUCUAAAUUGCCACGGUAAACAUUCUCUCAGGUGAGAUAAGAACUUUAAAACACUUUGCCUACGCAAAACUACUACAAAUAUGCAAGAAAAACUAUCCCUAUAACAUUUACCAUUUUCUGGGUCUAAAACAUCGCACACCAAAUUAUGUCAAACAUAAAAAUCCACACCUUCAAUUACACCUAACACUACAGAUACCUUGAGGUACUAGAAGCACUCGACGUCGUUGAUUUGGAUGCAGUUGUUGUCGUCGGCGUUGAAACACUGGAACUUGAACUACUGGAUGAUGUACUGCUUGACACACUUGAGCUGACACUCGUGGACGACGUUGUUGUAGUGGGUGUGGACACACUAGAACUUGAGGAAGUUGAAGUUGAGCUGCUCACACUGGAACUAGUUGAAGUAGAACUACUGACACUCGUACUCGAUGAAGUUGACGUGGAAGUGCUAACACUUGAAUAUGUCGAGUACACUGUUGUAGUUGGUGUAGAAACGCUUGUACUUGAAGUACUGGAUGAUGUACUGCUUGACACACUUGAGCUGACACUCGUGGACGACGUUGUUGUAGUCGGUGUGGACACACUAGAACUUGUGGAAGUGGAAGUUGAGCUGCUCACACUGGAACUAGUUGAAGUAGAACUACUGACACUCGUACUCGAGGAAGUUGACGUGGAACUGCUCACACUUGAAUAUGUCGAGUACACUGUUGUAGUUGGUGUAGAAACGCUUGUACUUGAAGUACUGGAUGAUGUACUGCUUGACACACUUGAGCUGACACUCGUGGACGAGGUUGUUGUAGUAGGUGUGGACACACUAGAACUUGAAGAAGUUGAAGUUGAGCUGCUCACACUGGAACUAGUUGAAGUAGAACUACUGACACUCGUACUCGAGGAAGUUGACGUGGAACUGCUAACACUUGAAUAUGUCGAGUACACUGUUGUAGUUGGUGUAGAAACGCUUGUACUUGAAGUACUGGAUGAUGUACUGCUUGACACACUUGAGCUGACACUCGUGGACGAGGUUGUUGUAGUCGGUGUGGACACACUAGAACUUGUGGAAGUGGAAGUUGAGCUGCUCACACUGGAACUAGUUGAAGUAGAACUACUGACACUCGUACUCGAGGAAGUUGACGUGGAACUGCUAACACUUGAAUAUGUCGAGUACACUGUUGUAGUUGGUGUAGAAACGCUUGUACUUGAAGUACUGGAUGAUGUACUGCUUGACACACUUGAGCUGACACUCGUGGACGAGGUUGUUGUAGUAGGUGUGGACACACUAGAACUUGAAGAAGUUGAAGUUGAGCUGCUCACACUGGAACUAGUUGAAGUAGAACUACUGACACUCGUACUCGAGGAAGUUGACGUAGAACUGCUAACACUUGAAUAUGUCGAGUACACUGUUGUAGUUGGUGUAGAAACGCUUGUACUUGAAGUACUGGAUGAUGUACUGCUUGACACACUUGAGCUGACACUCGUGGACGACGUUGUUGUAGUGGGUGUGGACACACUGGAACUUGAGGAAGUGGAAGUUGAGCUGCUCACACUGGAACUAGUUGAAGUAGAACUACUGACACUCGUACUCGAUGAAGUUGACGUGGAACUGCUAACACUUGAAUAUGUCGAGUACACUGUUGUAGUUGGUGUAGAAACGCUUGUACUUGAAGUACUGGAUGAUGUACUGCUUGACACACUUGAGCUGACACUCGUGGACGAGGUUGUUGUAGUAGGUGUGGACACACUAGAACUUGAAGAAGUUGAAGUUGAGCUGCUCACACUGGAACUAGUUGAAGUAGAACUACUGACACUCGUACUCGAGGAAGUUGACGUAGAACUGCUAACACUUGAAUAUGUCGAGUACACUGUUGUAGUUGGUGUAGAAACGCUUGUACUUGAAGUACUGGAUGAUGUACUGCUUGACACACUUGAGCUGACACUCGUGGACGACGUUGUUGUAGUGGGUGUGGACACACUAGAACUUGAUGAAGUUGAAGUGCUAGAAGUGUGAUAAAUAUUUAACAAUUAACAAUCAUAAGUUCAAUCUUUGUUACCCUUUCUUCUCUUAUAAUAUGACACCCAGCGAGCUUAGCGUUUGGUGUAUUUAUAAGGAUGGGAUAUCAAUUAUAUAUUCUCGUACAAUGUCGUUUAACGAGCAACGACUUUGGAGAAAAUUGGUUUCAUUUUAACUGCUGCUUGUUGACUUUUGUCUUACUUUAUUUUGUAUUCUUAAGAGAAGCCUUUUGCAUGGUCGUAGAGCAUGGCACAAUAAAUACCAAAGAUGAUCGCUGAUCAGACCGGUAAAUGUCUUCGUGAUAAACGAUCUUUUGCCUUAUUAAAGAGGUAUCUCAGUAUCUCUAAAGGGGAAACGGAAAAGGCGUAUGCGGUGUUGGUGAAAGGCCAGUAAAUUACUCGGCACUUAGAGUUUACUCGUGGAAAUGAUUUCUUCUGAACAAUGGAAGUACUUAAGACAAAAUCCAUUGGAAAAUUGAGUAAUUUUAAUUUUCAGUGGGCAAAAACCUUGUACCAGAAUAUUUUCAAGCAUAUUGCAUUAUUUUUCAGACUUUUCAAUGGCUAUAGAUGUAAUAAGUUGUCUGAAAUAACUCCGAAGAAAAGAUUUUUAUUGGACCCCGAGAAAACGGCCGAAAAAGCAAACUUCAAAAGCCUCAAAUUUCACAAAAUGAGAUCUUACGCAUGACCAUUUACCUGUGUUUUCUCAAUUAAUGUGAAAUUUGAAAUUUAUUUUUUCGGGCUCCUAUGGGAAAAUUGUCUUUGGUGUUAUUACAGUUAACUAAUUACAUCUAGAGCCGUUGAAAAGUGUAAAAAAGAACGCGAUAUGGCUUAAAAUAUUCUGGUACAAGGUUUUUGUCCAAUGAAAAUUAAAAUUACUCAAUUUCCUAAUGGAUUCCGUCACAACGUACAUCAUUAUUCAAAGAAGAAGGGGGCGACAAAGGUCUUAUUCAGUUUUUGAUCAAAUACUUUCCAACCGUCAUGCUUGUCUGCUUUCACUUCAUUCCAACCUCUUCUUUCAAACUCAGACUCCUGAGACACCAUUUGCUGUUGCGGGUCCGUCGUUCCCUCUAAAGUGCUUUUCCUUAAAACAACGUCCCACAUUUCCCGUAAUCUCCUCAAUAAUCAAACGCUCACAAAGCCCAUGGCAAAGACCUUCUUGAUAAAACCCUUUACGUUGCUUUCGUGCCUGGUGGCUCAGGGAACAUUUCCAGUUGGGCAUCCAUCGAUCCUUUAAUGCUACUUUUCCUUAUAAAACCUCGCUUAUUUACAUCUGUACCCUCAAUAAACAAAACCUCGCAAAGCUACUGAAAAAAACCUGCUUAAUCAAGUGGUGGACCAGGCGUUCUACUUCGUUGAGAGACAAUGCUCUAUUUAAUACCCAACCGACGCAAACCUCAUUCAAUAAGCCCUUCGCCUUUAAAAACGUUAAUACAAAAGGCUAGUAACCUGCUAGAUGAAGAACUUGAUCUCGAGGUUCGUGACGGCGGUAUCAAGCUUGGUGGUGUUCUACUUGAUGUAGCAACAGUGUAUGCUGUCCCUGUAGUCCUUGUUACAGUCGAUGGGUACACCGUAGCUGUACUCUUCUGAGAAACCGAUUUAUAUGAAGUGGAUGUCGUCGAGGAAGACACCGAAGACGGAGAAGGGAAUACUGGACUGGACUUUGAUGUUGAGGAAGACACUGUAAACUCUGAUUUCGAUGAAGACACAGAUGUCACUUUUGAAGAUGGAGGAACUUGCGUGAAUAGACUCGGUGAGCUAACGAAUGAAAUAUGUGAGUUUAUGAAUUAAACAUGUCUGGUCUCUUCCUUCUCUGUAGGGGUAGUAACACAACUCCUAGCAGUAACUAAUCACUUCUUGUCGUCCACAAUCAUCACCGUCAUCAUCGUCAUGACAACACCCUUUCUCGCCAACUAUUUCAUAAGUUUCCACGUAAACUAUGAUACUACGUGAACUGACUUAAUUUCCAUUUCCUACCAGAAAACGCGUCAUAACUUUCUGUCAGUCAUCAGGGAAAAACGGGGUCUUCUUGAUAAAGCGCAUCUUUAUAAAACAAUGAAGUUGAUGUUUGCGACCAUAAGAAGCAGCUAAUACUCACUUCGGUACAACCAUGCAAUCUCAUAUGCACCUUUAGACAGCAAUGUUCUAAACGUAUUUUUCCACGUUUUCAAAUCUCAGUUUUACCCACCUCGAUAUUACUGAAUUUUGCUUAAGUCUUAAAUAUAAGUAUCGCACUGCUUUGAAAUGCUUGCAAAUGAAACGUAAGAUUUCUGAAGCAAAAGAGAUCAAGAAAGCGAGUUAGAUGACGCUAUACUAAUAAAUGUAAAGGUGAACCAGAAAUCAACAUAAAUACAUAUCAAGAGACGAUACCACAACAUGGUCCGUAGAAUAUCCAAUCAGACGUUUGCCUUCCAUUGUUCUCUCGCUAAAUCACGGCAUCCUUCACCACAAUCCCCCAAAAAAGUUAAAAGGUAACAAGACACACACAAGAUCGAGAAAACAGUGUUUCCUCUGAGGGGCAAAACUAUUUUUACCUGGAUGAUGAGCUGGACGAUGUACUGCUUGACACACUCGUGCUGAUGCUUGAGGAAGUAGUCGUAGUGAGUGUAGACAGACUGGAGCUAGAUGAAGUUGAAGUAGAGCUACUCACACUUGAACUAGAUGAUGUUGAAGUCGAGCUACUUGCACUCGAGUAUGUCGAGUACACUGUGGUCGUCGGUGUGGACACACUUGAACUCGAAGUGCUAGAGGAUGUACUGCUUGACACACUUGUACUCACCGAUGUAGACGAAGUUGUCGUAGUUGGUGUUGACACACUGGAACUUGACGAAGUCGAAGUAGAGCUACUCACACUAGAACUUGAAGAAGUUGAAGUAGAGCUACUCACACUUGAGCUGGAAGAUGUUGAAGUGGAACUACUCGCGCUUGAGUAUGUCGAAUACACUGUGGUCGUCGGUGUGGACACGCUUGAACUCGAUGUGCUAGAGGAUGUACUGCUUGACACACUUGUACUCACCGAUGUAGACGAAGUUGUCGUAGUUGGUGUUGACACACUGGAACUUGACGAAGUCGAAGUAGAGCUACUCACACUAGAACUUGAAGAAGUUGAAGUAGAGCUACUCACACUUGAGCUGGAAGAUGUUGAAGUGGAACUACUCGCGCUUGAGUAUGUCGAAUACACUGUGGUCGUCGGUGUGGACACGCUUGAACUCGAUGUGCUAGAAGAUGUACUGCUUGACACACUUGUACUCACCGAUGUAGAGGAAGUUGUCGUAGUUGGUGUUGACACACUGGAACUUGACGAAGUCGAAGUAGAGCUACUCACACUUGAACUAGAUGAUGUUGAAGUCGAGCUACUUGCACUCGAGUAUGUCGAGUACACUGUGGUCGUCGGUGUGGACACACUUGAACUCGAAGUGCUAGAGGAUGUACUGCUUGACACACUUGUACUCACCGAUGUAGACGAAGUUGUCGUAGUUGGUGUUGACACACUGGAACUUGACGAAGUCGAAGUAGAGCUACUCACACUAGAACUUGAAGAAGUUGAAGUAGAGCUACUCACACUUGAGCUGGAAGAUGUUGAAGUGGAACUACUCGCGCUUGAGUAUGUCGAAUACACUGUGGUCGUCGGUGUGGACACGCUUGAACUCGAUGUGCUAGAGGAUGUACUGCUUGACACACUUGUACUCACCGAUGUAGACGAAGUUGUCGUAGUUGGUGUUGACACACUGGAACUUGACGAAGUUGAAGUAGAGCUGCUCACACUAGAACUUGAAGAAGUUGAAGUAGAGCUACUCACACUUGAGCUGGAAGAUGUUGAAGUGGAACUACUCGCGCUUGAGUAUGUGGAAUACACUGUGGUCGUCGGUGUGGACACGCUUGAACUCGAAGUGCUAGAGGAUGUACUGCUUGACACACUUGUACUCACCGAUGUAGACGAAGUUGUCGUAGUUGGUGUUGACACACUGGAACUUGUCGAAGUCGAAGUAGAGCUACUCACACUAGAACUUGAAGAAGUUGAAGUAGAGCUACUCACACUUGAGCUGGAAGAUGUUGAAGUGGAACUACUCGCGCUUGAGUAUGUGGAAUACACUGUGGUCGUCGGUGUGGACACGCUUGAACUCGAUGUGCUAGAGGAUGUACUGCUUGACACACUUGUACUCACCGAUGUAGAGGACGUUGUCGUAGUUGGUGUUGACACACUGGAACUUGACGAAGUCGAAGUAGAGCUGCUCACACUAGAACUUGAAGAAGUUGAAGUAGAGCUACUCACACUUGAGCUGGAAGAUGUUGAAGUAGAGCUACUCACACUUGAGCUGGAAGAUGUUGAAGUGGAACUACUCGCACUUGAGUAUGUGGAAUACACUGUGGUCGUCGGUGUGGACACGCUUGAACUCGAUGUGCUAGAGGAUGUACUGCUUGACACACUUGUACUCACCGAUGUAGAGGACGUUGUCGUAGUUGGUGUUGACACACUGGAACUUGACGAAGUCGAAGUAGAGCUGCUCACACUAGAACUUGAAGAAGUUGAAGUAGAGCUACUCACACUUGAGCUGGAAGAUAUUGAAGUGGAACUACUCGCGCUUGAGUAUGUCGAAUACACUGUGGUCGUCGGUGUGGACACGCUUGAACUCGAUGUGCUAGAGGAUGUACUGCUUGACACACUUGUACUCACCGAUGUAGAGGAAGUUGUCGUAGUUGGUGUUGACACACUGGAACUUGACGAAGUUGAAGUAGAGCUGCUCACACUAGAACUUGACGAAGUUGAAGUAGAGCUGCUCACCCUAGAACUAGAAGAAAAUGAAGUAGAGCUACUCGCGCUUGAGCUGGAAGAUGUUGAGGGUGAACUGCUCACGCUUGAAUAUGUCGAAUACACUGUGGUCGUCGGUGUGGACACACUGAAACUUGAUGUGCUGGAUGAUGUACUGCUUGAG